AUGGCGCACAGCUGUCGGUGGCGCUUCCCCGCCCGACCCGGGACCACCGGGGGCGGCGGCGGCGGGGGGCGCCGGGGCCUGGGGGGCGCCCCGCGGCAACGCGUCCCGGCCCUGCUGCUUCCCCCCGGGCCCCCGGUCGGCGGCGGCGGCCCCGGGGCGCCCCCCUCCCCCCCGGCUGUGGCGGCCGCGGCGGCGGCGGCGGCGGCGGCGGCGGCGGCGGGAAGCAGCGGGGCUGGGGUUCCAGGGGGAGCGGCCGCCGCCUCAGCAGCCUCUUCGUCGUCCGCCUCGUCUUCGUCUUCGUCAUCGUCCUCAGCCUCCUCCGGGCCGGCCCUGCUCCGGGUGGGCCCGGGCUUCGACGCGGCGCUGCAGGUCUCGGCCGCCAUCGGCACCAACCUGCGCCGGUUCCGGGCGGUGUUUGGGGAGAGCGGCGGGGGAGGCGGCAGCGGAGAGGAUGAGCAGUUCUUAGGUUUUGGCUCAGAUGAAGAAGUCCGAGUACGAAGUCCCACAAGGUCUCCUUCAGUUAAAACUAGCCCUCGAAAGCCUCGCGGGAGACCCAGAAGUGGCUCUGACCGGAAUUCGGCUCUCCUCUCAGAUCCGUCUGUGUUUUCCCCUCUAAAUAAAUCGGAGACCAAAUCUGGAGAUAAGAUCAAGAAGAAAGAUUCGAAAAGCAUAGAAAAGAAGAGAGGAAGACCCCCCACCUUCCCUGGAGUAAAAAUCAAAAUAACACACGGAAAGGACAUUUCAGAGCUACCAAAGGGAAGCAAAGAAGAUAGCUUGAAAAAGAUUAAACGGACACCUUCUGCUACAUUUCAGCAAGCCACAAAGAUUAAAAAAUUAAGAGCAGGUAAACUCUCUCCUCUCAAGUCUAAGUUUAAGACAGGGAAGCUUCAAAUAGGAAGGAAGGGGGUACAGAUUGUCCGCCGGCGAGGAAGGCCUCCAUCCACAGAAAGGAUAAAGACCCCUUCCGGCCUCCUCAUUAACUCCGAACUGGAAAAGCCCCAGAAGGUCCGGAAGGACAAGGAAGGAACACCUCCACUCACAAAAGAAGAUAAGACAGUAGUCAGACAAAGCCCUCGAAGGAUUAAGCCGGUUAGGAUUAUUCCUUCUUCUAAAAGGACAGAUGCGACAAUUGCUAAGCAGCUCUUGCAGAGGGCGAAAAAGGGGGCUCAGAAGAAAAUCGAGAAAGAAGCGGCCCAGCUGCAAGGCAGAAAGGUGAAGACCCAGGUCAAGAACAUUCGGCAGUUCAUUAUGCCCGUCGUCAGUGCCAUCUCCUCGCGCAUCAUUAAAACCCCUCGGCGGUUCAUAGAGGAUGAGGAUUAUGACCCUCCAAUUAAAAUUGCCCGACUCGAGUCUACCCCGAACAGCAGGUUCAGCGCCACGUCCUGUGGGUCUUCUGAGAAAUCCAGCGCGGCUUCUCAGCACUCCUCUCAGAUGUCUUCGGACUCCUCCCGAUCCAGUAGCCCCAGCGUCGAUACCUCCACAGAUUCUCAGGCCUCGGAGGAGAUCCAGGCGCUUCCUGAAGAGCGGAGCGACACCCCCGAAGUUCACACUCCACUGCCCAUUUCCCAGUCCCCAGAAAACGACAGCAGCGACAGGAGAAGCAGAAGGUACUCUGUGUCCGAGAGGAGCUUCGGAUCGAGAACAGCAAAGAAACUCUCCACCCUGCAAAGCGCCCCCCAGCAGCAGCCCUCCUCCUCUCCGCCCCCGCCCCUGCUCACCCCGCCGCCGCCGCUGCAGCCGGCCUCCAGCAUCUCUGACCACACACCUUGGCUCAUGCCUCCCACCAUCCCCUUAGCAUCACCGUUUUUGCCUGCUUCUGCCGCUCCCAUGCAAGGGAAGCGAAAGUCGAUUUUGCGAGAACCGACGUUUAGGUGGACUUCUUUAAAGCAUUCUAGGUCAGAGCCACAGUACUUUUCCUCAGCAAAGUAUGCCAAAGAAGGUCUUAUUCGCAAACCCAUAUUUGAUAAUUUCCGACCCCCUCCACUGACUCCUGAGGACGUUGGCUUCGCGUCGGGUUUCUCUCCAUCUGGUACUGCUGCUUCAGCCCGAUUGUUUUCACCGCUCCACUCCGGAACGAGGUUCGAUAUGCACAAAAGGAGCCCUCUUCUGAGAGCUCCCAGAUUUACUCCAAGCGAGGCUCACUCUAGAAUAUUUGAGUCUGUAACCUUGCCCAGUAAUCGGACUUCUGCUGGAACGUCUUCUUCAGGGGUGUCCAACAGAAAAAGGAAAAGGAAAGUCUUUAGUCCCAUUCGAUCUGAACCAAGAUCUCCGUCUCACUCCAUGAAGACAAGAAGCGGAAGGCUUAGCACUGCUGAGCUGUCCCCUCUCACCCCGCCGUCUUCUGUCUCUUCCUCGUUAAGCAUAUCUGUUAGCCCUCUUGCCACUAGUGCCUUAAACCCAACUUUUACUUUUCCUUCUCAUUCCCUGACUCCGUCUGGGGAGUCUGCGGAGAAAAGCCAGAGGCCAAGGAAGCAGGCUAGUGCUCCGGCAGAGCCGUUUGCAUCCAGCAGCCCCUCUCCUCUCUUCCCUUGGUUCACCCCAGGCUCUCAGACCGAGAGAGGGAGAAAUAAAGACAAGGCCCCUGAGGAGCUGUCCAAAGAUCGAGACGCUGACAAGAGCGUGGAGAAGGACAAGAGUAGAGAGCGAGACCGGGAGAGAGAAAAAGAGAAUAAGCGGGAGUCCAGGAAAGAGAAAAGGAAAAAGGGAUCAGAGGUUCAGAGUAGUUCUGCGUUGUAUCCUGUGAGUAGGGUUUCCAAAGAGAAGGCUGUUGGUGAGGACGUUGCCACUUCAUCUUCCGCCAGAAAAGCAACCGGGCGGAAGAAGUCUUCGUCACUUGAUUCUGGGACUGAUAUGGCCUCUGUGACUCUGGGGGACACAACAGCUGUCAAAACCAAAAUACUUCUAAAGAAGGGGAGAGGAAAUCUGGAAAAAAACAACCUGGACCUCGGCCCAACUGCCCCAUCCCUGGAGAAGGAGAAAACCCUCUGCCUUUCCACUCCUUCAUCUAGCACUGUUAAACAUUCCACUUCCUCCAUAGGCUCCAUGUUGGCUCAGGCAGACAAGCUUCCAAUGACGGACAAGAGGGUUGCCAGCCUCCUAAAAAAGGCCAAAGCCCAGCUCUGCAAGAUUGAGAAGAGUAAGAGUCUUAAACAAACUGACCAGCCCAAAGCACAGGGUCAAGAAAGUGACUCAUCAGAGACCUCUGUGCGAGGACCCCGCAUUAAACAUGUCUGCAGAAGAGCUGCUGUUGCCCUUGGCCGAAAACGAGCUGUGUUUCCUGAUGACAUGCCCACCCUGAGUGCCUUACCAUGGGAAGAACGAGAAAAGAUUUUGUCUUCCAUGGGGAAUGAUGACAAGUCAUCAAUUGCUGGCUCAGAAGAUGCUGAACCUCUUGCUCCACCCAUCAAACCAAUUAAACCCGUUACCAGAAACAAGGCGCCUCAGGAACCUCCAGUAAAGAAAGGACGACGGUCCAGGCGGUGUGGGCAGUGUCCCGGCUGCCAGGUGCCUGAGGACUGUGGUGUUUGUACUAAUUGCUUAGACAAGCCCAAGUUUGGUGGCCGAAAUAUAAAGAAGCAGUGCUGCAAGAUGAGAAAAUGUCAGAAUCUACAAUGGAUGCCUUCCAAAGCCUACCUUCAGAAGCAAGCAAAAGCUGUGAAAAAGAAAGAGAAAAAGUCUAAGACCAGUGAGAAGAAAGAGAGCAAAGAGAGCAGUGUUGUGAAAAGUGUGGUGGACUCCAGUCCGAAGCCUACCCCAGCGGCAAGAGAGGAGCCUGCCCCCAAGAAAAGCAAUAGCGAACCUGCCCCUCGAAAGCCCGUCGAGGAAAAGAGCGAAGAAGGGACCGCCUCUGCCCCAGGACCCGAAUCCAAACAAGUCGCCACCCCGGCUUCCAGGAAGUCCGGCAAGCAGGUUUCCCAGCCACCUCCAGCCACCCCCCCACAGCCACCAAGCACAGCACCGCCAAGAAAAGAAGUUCCCAAGUCCACUCCUAGCGAGCCCAAGAAAAAGCAGCCUCCGCCACCAGAACCAGGUCCAGAGCAAAGCAAGCAGAAAAAAGUGGCUCCUCGACCAAGUAUUCCUGUAAAACAAAAACCAAAAGAAAAGGAAAAGCCACCUCCAGUCAGUAAGCAGGAGAACACAGGCACUUUGAACAUCCUCAGCACUCUCUCCAAUGGCAAUAGUUCGAAGCAAAAAGUCCCAGCAGAUGGAGUCCACAGGAUCAGAGUGGACUUUAAGGAGGAUUGUGAAGCAGAAAAUGUGUGGGAGAUGGGAGGCUUAGGAAUCCUGACCUCUGUUCCUAUAACACCCAGAGUGGUAUGCUUUCUCUGUGCCAGUAGUGGGCAUGUAGAGUUUGUGUAUUGCCAAGUCUGUUGCGAGCCUUUCCACAAGUUUUGUUUAGAGGAGAACGAGCGCCCUCUGGAGGACCAGCUGGAAAAUUGGUGUUGUCGUCGCUGCAAAUUCUGUCAUGUCUGCGGAAGGCAGCACCAGGCUACAAAGCAGCUGCUGGAGUGUAAUAAGUGCCGAAACAGCUAUCACCCUGAGUGCCUGGGACCAAACUACCCCACCAAACCCACAAAGAAAAAGAAAGUUUGGAUCUGCACCAAGUGUGUUCGCUGCAAGAGCUGUGGAUCCACAACGCCAGGCAAAGGGUGGGACGCACAGUGGUCUCACGAUUUUUCACUGUGCCAUGACUGUGCCAAACUCUUUGCUAAAGGGAACUUCUGCCCUCUGUGUGACAAGUGCUAUGACGAUGAUGACUACGAGAGCAAGAUGAUGCAGUGUGGGAAGUGCGACCGCUGGGUCCACUCCAAAUGUGAGAAUCUUUCAGAUGAGAUGUAUGAGAUUCUGUCUAAUCUGCCGGAAAGCGUGGCCUACACCUGUGUAAACUGUACCGAGCGGCACCCUGCGGAGUGGCGACUGGCCCUUGAAAAAGAGCUACAGAUCUCUCUGAAGCAAGUCCUCACGGCUUUGCUGAACUCUCGGACCACCAGCCACCUGCUCCGCUACCGACAGGCUGCCAAGCCUCCAGAUUUAAAUCCCGAGACGGAGGAGAGCAUACCUUCCCGCAGCUCCCCGGAAGGGCCUGACCCGCCAGUGCUUACCGAGGUCAGCAAACAGGAAGAGCAGCAGCCUUUAGACCUGGAAGGGGUAAAGAGGAAAAUGGACCAAGGGAAUUACACAUCCGUGUUGGAGUUCAGCGAUGAUAUCGUGAAGAUCAUUCAGGCAGCCAUUAAUUCAGAUGGAGGGCAGCCAGAGAUCAAAAAAGCCAACAGCAUGGUCAAGUCCUUCUUUAUUCGGCAAAUGGAACGUGUUUUUCCAUGGUUCAGUGUCAAAAAGUCUAGGUUUUGGGAGCCAAAUAAAGUAUCAAGCAACAGUGGGAUGUUACCAAACGCAGUGCUUCCUCCUUCACUUGACCAUAAUUAUGCUCAGUGGCAGGAGCGAGAGGAAAACAGCCACACUGAGCAGCCUCCUUUAAUGAAGAAAAUCAUCCCAGCUCCCAAACCUAAAGGGCCUGGAGAACCAGAGUCUCCAACACCACUCCAUCCGCCUACACCACCAGCUCUGAGUACUGAUAGGAGUCGAGAAGACAGUCCAGAACUGAAUCCACCCCCAGGCAUCGAGGAUAAUAGACAGUGUGCGUUGUGUUUGAUGUAUGGCGAUGACAGUGCUAAUGAUGCUGGCCGUUUGCUAUACAUUGGCCAAAAUGAGUGGACACAUGUAAAUUGCGCUUUGUGGUCAGCAGAAGUGUUUGAAGACGAUGACGGAUCACUAAAGAAUGUGCACAUGGCUGUGAUCAGGGGCAAGCAGCUGAGAUGUGAAUUCUGCCAAAAGCCAGGAGCCACUGUGGGUUGCUGCCUUACCUCCUGCACCAGCAACUAUCACUUCAUGUGUUCUCGCGCCAAGAACUGUGUCUUUCUGGAUGAUAAGAAAGUAUAUUGCCAGCGACAUCGGGAUUUGAUCAAAGGCGAGGUGGUUCCUGAAAAUGGAUUUGAAGUCUUUAGAAGAGUGUUUGUGGACUUUGAAGGAAUCAGCUUGAGAAGGAAGUUCCUCAAUGGCUUGGAACCAGAGAAUAUCCACAUGAUGAUUGGCUCCAUGACAAUUGACUGCUUAGGAAUUCUGAAUGAUCUCUCUGACUGUGAAGAUAAGCUUUUUCCUAUUGGAUAUCAGUGUUCCAGGGUGUACUGGAGUACCACGGACGCUCGCAAGCGCUGCGUGUACACGUGCAAGAUCGUGGAGUGCCGCCCCCCCGUGGUAGAGCCGGAUAUCAACAGCACUGUGGAGCACGAUGAGAACAGGACCAUCGCCCAUAGUCCCACGUCUUUUGCAGAAAUGUCAUCUAAAGAAAGUCAGAACACGGCUGAAAUUAUAAGUCCUCCCUCACCAGACCGACCUCAUUCACAAACCUCCAGUUCCUGUUUUUAUCAUGUCAUCUCAAAGGUCCCUAGGAUUCGAACGCCGAGUUACUCUCCAACACAGAGAUCCCCUGGCUGCCGGCCAUUGCCUUCUGCAGGAAGUCCUACCCCAACCACUCAUGAAAUAGUCACAGUGGGUGACCCUUUACUCUCCUCUGGACUCCGAAGCAUUGGCUCCAGGCGACACAGCACUUCGUCCUUGUCACCCCAGCGGUCUAAGCUCCGGAUAAUGUCUCCCGUGAGAACUGGGAGUACUUACUCCAGGAACAGUGUUCCCUCAGUCUCCACCACCGGGACGGCCACAGAUCUUGAGUCGAGUGCCAAAGCAGUUGAUCAUGUCUUAGGACCACUGAAUUCAAAUAGUAACUUAGGGCAGAACGCUCCCGCCUCUUCCAGUUUGCAGAGGACAGUGGUUACUCUGGGCACUAAAACCAGUCACUUGGAUGGAUCUUCGUCGUCAGAAAUGAAGCAUUCCGGCGCUUCCGACUUGGCAUCCAAGAGCUCCUCUUUGAAGGGAGAGAAGACCAAAGUGCCAGGUUCCAAGAGCUCGGAGGGAUCUGCACAUGCCGUGGCUUAUCCCGGCCUUCCCAAGCUGGCCCCGCAGCUUCAUAACACCGCGCCUGGAGAAUUAAAUGCCAGCAAGAUUGGCACAUUCGCAGAACUCUCUGCGGUGCCGUUUUCUUCUAAAGAGGCCCUCUCCUUCCCCCCACUCCAUCUGAGAGGCCAAAGGAACGAUCGAGACCAGCACGCAGACUCUAACCAAUCAGCGAACGCCUCUGCCGAGGAAGAUACGGAAGUCAAAACCUUGAAGCUCUCUGGAGUGAGCAGCAGGCCGUCCAUUGUCAAUGAGCAUGUGGGGUCUAGUUCCAGGGACAGGAGACAGAAAGGGAAAAAGUCUUGUAAAGAAACUUUCAAAGAAAAACAUUCCAGUAAGUCUUUUUUGGAACCUGGUCAGGUGACCGCUGGUGAGGAAGGAAACCUAAAGCCGGAGUUUGUUGAUGAAGUUCUGACUCCGGAGUUCAUGGGGCAACGACCAUGUAAUAAUGUUUCUUCUGAUAAGAUUGGAGACAAAGUCCUGUCUAUUCCAGGAGGCCCCAAAGCUCCCUCCAUGCAGGUUGAAGGAUCUGCCAAGGAAUUACAAACGCCCCGGAAACGCACGGUCAAAGUGACGCUGACGCCUCUCAAAAUGGAAGGCGAGGGCCAGUCCAAGAACACCCUGAAAGAAAGUAGUCCCGUUUCCCCUCUGCAAAUAGAGUCAGCCUCUCCAGCAGAACCAGUUUCAGCCUCUGAAAGUCCAGGGGAUGGUCCAGUGGCCCAGCCGAGCCCCAAUAAUACCUCAUCCCAGGAUUCUCAAAGUAACAAUUACCAGAAUCUUCCAGUUCAGGACAGAAACCUGAUGCUUCCGGAUGGUCCCAAACCUCAGGAGGAUGGCUCUUUCAAGAGGAGAUACCCCCGUCGCAGUGCCCGGGCACGCUCUAACAUGUUCUUCGGGCUCACCCCGCUCUACGGCGUAAGAUCCUACGGCGAAGAAGACAUUCCCUUCUACAGCAGCUCAACCGGGAAGAAGCGAGGCAAGAGAUCAGCCGAAGGACAGGUGGACGGGGCGGACGACCUAAGCACUUCCGACGAAGAUGACUUAUACUAUUACAAUUUCACUAGGACAGUGAUUUCUUCAGGCGGAGAGGAACGGCUGGCGUCCCAUAAUUUAUUUCGGGAGGAAGAACAGUGUGACCUCCCGAAGAUCUCUCAGCUGGACGGUGUCGAUGACGGCACAGAGAGUGAUACGAGCGUCACGGCCACCGCAAGGAAGAGCAGCCAGAUUCCGAAAAGAAAUGGGAAAGAAAACGGAACGGAGAACUUAAAGAUUGAGCGGCCCGAAGACGCUGGCGAGAAAGAGCACGUCAUUAAGAGUUCCGUGGGCCACAAAAAUGAGCCAAAGAUGGAUAACUGCCACUCUGUGAGCAGAGUUAAAGCACAGGGGCAGGAUUCCUUGGAGGCUCAGCUAAGCUCCCUAGAGUCCAGCCGCAGAGUGCACACGAGCACCCCGUCGGACAAGAACCUUCUGGACACCUACAACACCGAGCUCCUGAAAUCGGACUCGGACAACAACAACAGUGACGACUGUGGGAACAUCCUGCCCUCGGACAUCAUGGACUUCGUACUAAAGAAUACCCCGUCCAUGCAGGCUUUGGGCGAGAGCCCCGAGUCCUCCUCGUCGGAACUCCUGAAUCUCGGGGAAGGCUUGGGUCUCGACAGUAACCGAGAAAAGGACAUGGGUCUUUUUGAAGUGUUUUCUCAGCAGCUGCCGACGGCAGAGCCCGUGGACAGUAGCGUCUCCUCAUCUAUCUCAGCGGAGGAGCAGUUCGAGCUGCCCCUCGAGCUGCCGUCUGACCUGUCCGUCCUUACCACCCGGAGUCCCACGGUCCCCAGCCAGAAUGCCGGUAGGCUGGCGGUGAUCUCCGACUCUGGAGACAAGAGGGUAACCAUCACAGAGAAAUCCGUGGCCUCCUCUGAAGGGGACGCGGCACUGCUGAGCCCCGGAGUGGAUCCGACGCCCGAAGGCCACAUGACUCCCGAUCACUUUAUCCAAGGACACAUGGACGCAGACCACAUCUCCAGCCCUCCCUGUGGGUCAGUGGAGCAGGGUCACGGCAACAACCAGGAUUUAACUAGAAACAGUAGCACCCCCGGCCUUCAGGUACCUGUUUCCCCUACCGUUCCCAUCCAGAACCAGAAAUACGUGCCCAAUUCCACCGAGAGUCCUGGCCCAUCUCAGAUCUCUAACGCAGCUGUCCAGACCACUCCACCCCACCUGAAACCAGCCACCGAGAAACUCAUUGUUGUUAACCAGAACAUGCAGCCACUGUACGUUCUCCAAACUCUUCCAAACGGAGUGACCCAAAAAAUCCAGUUGACCUCUUCUGUUAGUUCUACACCCAAUGUGAUGGAGACAAAUACUUCAGUAUUGGGGCCCAUGGGAAGUGGUCUCACCCUAGCCACGGGACUAAAUCCAAGCUUGCCAGCUUCUCCAUCUCUGUUCCCUCCUGCUAGCAAAGGAUUGCUCCCCAUGCCUCACCGCCAGCACUUACAUUCCUUCCCCGCAGCUACUCAAAGUAGUUUCCCACCCAGUAUCAACAGCCCUCCUUCAGGCCUACUUAUUGGGGUUCAGCCUCCUUCAGAUCCCCAACUUUUGGUUUCAGAAGCCAGCCAGAGGACAGACCUCAGUACCACAGUAGCCACUCCAUCCUCUGGACUCAAGAAAAGACCCAUAUCUCGUCUGCAGACCCGAAAGAAUAAAAAACUCGCUCCCUCUAGCAACCCUUCCAACAUUGCCCCUUCCGAUGUGGUUUCUAACAUGACACUGAUUAACUUCACACCCUCCCAGCUGCCAAACCAUCCCAAUCUGCUAGAUUUGGGCUCACUUAAUACUUCAUCUCACCGAACCGUCCCCAACAUCAUAAAAAGGUCUAAAUCUGGCAUCAUGUAUUUUGAACAGGCACCGCUGUUACCGCAGAGUGUGGGAGGCGCCGCUGCCGUGGCGGCGGGCGCAUCAACAAUGAGCCAGGACACUGGCCACCUCACCGCGGGGCCUGUGUCUGGCUUGGCAUCCGGCUCCUCCGUCUUGAACGUUGUAUCCAUGCAAACCACAACAACCCCCACAAGUAGCGCGUCAGUUCCGGGACAUGUCGCCUUGACCAACCCCAGGCUGCUCGGUACCCCGGAUAUUGGCUCAAUAAGCAACCUUUUAAUCAAAGCCAGUCAGCAGAGCCUGGGGAUGCCGGACCAGCCUGUGGCUCUACCACCGAGUUCAGGAAUGUUCCCGCAACUGGGGACAUCCCAGGCUCCUCCCGCCGCCAUGACAGCGGCAUCUAGCAUCUGCGUGCUCCCCUCUGCUCAGACUGCUGGCCUAACAGCCGCCUCACCUCCAGGGGAAGCAGAAGAACACUAUCAGCUUCAGCACGUGAACCAGCUCCUUGCCAGCAAAACUGGGAUCCUCCCUUCCCAGCGUGAUCUUGACUCUGCUCCAGGGACCCAGGGAGCCCACUUUCCCCAGACGGUAGACGCCGCCAACAGCGUGGGGCUGGAGCAGAAUAAGGCUUUGUCCUCAGCUAUGCAAGCCAGCUCCGCCUCCCCUGGGGGCUCUCCGCCCUCCGGACAGCAGUCCGCAAGCCCCUCUGUGCCGGGUCCCGCCAAACCCAAACCAAAAAUCAAACGGAUUCCGCUGCCUUUGGACAAAGGGAAUGGCAAGAAGCACAAAGUUUCCCAUUCGCGGACCAGUUCUUCUGAAGCACACAUUCCGGACCAGGAAGCCAGCGCGACCUCCCUGACCUCAGUCACAGGGACUCCAGGAGCAGAGGCUGAGCAGCAGGGUGCCGCUGAUGUGGAACAGUCGUCACAGAAGGAGUGUGGACAGACCACAGGGCAAGUUCUCCCGGAGAUUCAGACAACACAGAAUUCAGCAAAUGAACAAGAAAGUACAGAACCUAAAACCACAGAAGAAGAAGAAAACAAUUUCAGCUCUCCGCUGAUGCUUUGGCUCCAGCAAGAACAGAAAAGAAAGGAAAGCAUUGCUGAGAAAAAGCCCAAGAAAGGACUUGUUUUUGAAAUUUCAAGUGAUGAUGGCUUUCAGAUCUGUGCGGAAAGUAUCGAAGAUGCCUGGAAGUCACUGACAGAUAAAGUCCAGGAAGCUCGAUCAAAUGCCCGCCUAAAGCAGCUCUCAUUUGCAGGUGUUAACGGCCUGAGGAUGCUGGGAAUCCUUCACGAUGCAGUCGUGUUCCUGAUUGAGCAGCUCUCUGGUGCCAAGCACUGUAGGAAUUACAAAUUCCGUUUCCACAAACCAGAGGAGGCCAACGAACCCCCCCUGAAUCCUCAUGGCUCAGCCAGGGCUGAAGUUCAUCUGAGGAAGUCAGCAUUUGACAUGUUUAACUUCCUGGCUUCCAAACACCGGCAGCCUCCCGAAUACAACCCCAACGAUGAGGAAGAAGAGGAGGUGCAGCUGAAGUCUGCUCGGAGGGCGACCAGUAUGGACCUGCCGAUGCCCAUGCGUUUCCGGCACUUAAAGAAGACUUCCAAGGAGGCAGUCGGUGUCUACAGGUCUCCCAUUCAUGGCCGGGGUCUUUUUUGUAAGAGGAACAUCGAUGCAGGGGAGAUGGUGAUUGAGUAUGCGGGCAAUGUCAUCCGUUCCAUCCAGACUGACAAGCGAGAGAAGUAUUAUGACAGCAAGGGCAUCGGCUGCUACAUGUUUCGGAUCGAUGACUCGGAGGUGGUGGACGCCACCAUGCACGGGAACGCCGCACGCUUCAUCAACCACUCCUGCGAGCCCAACUGCUACUCCCGAGUCAUCAACAUCGACGGGCAGAAGCACAUUGUCAUCUUUGCCAUGCGCAAGAUCUACCGCGGGGAGGAGCUCACUUAUGACUACAAGUUCCCCAUAGAGGAUGCCAGCAACAAGCUCCCCUGUAACUGUGGUGCCAAGAAAUGCCGGAAGUUCCUAAACUAAAGCUGCUCCUCUCCCCCAGGGGUGGAGCGCAAGGACCCGGGGCCGUCCAGAGCCGUGCUGAGGGCCUUUGCCAGCAGCUGGGAGUUCCAGGAUUGAGUGGGCGCGGUGUGAGGGGCCUCCGUGAUGGCUGGGCUCCCGCGCGUCCCCUGUUCACAUUCCACGUGUGAUGGUAGUCCUGGAGAGAGAGAGGCAGUCUCGAAGAAAAGCUCCGCGACCGGCUUUCUCCCGGGGCCCCUCUGAUUGUAUGCCGUUAAAGAGUGGAAAUGGGGUCGCUAGCAGACUUGCCUGGAAAGAGCCUGUAGAGGGUUAGUGAUGUUGGGAGAUCAGGCCUGCGCGUCUCCUCAGAGAGAAGUUGCCAUCCCCGCCUGGGCCCUUUCCCAAGCACUGGAAGCCAGGGGUCAGGCAGGGCCCCAGAUACGAGAGGUGGCUGGAUGCCUGAUAGUGAGCCACCCGGGCCCAGCCUGUGGCAGUCUGUUGAACAAACAGAGAAGGUCUGGUGGUUUUCCCUACUACCCUCCCACUUGAGAGCUCACUUCCGGUUGGGAGACGGGAUUCUUAGCACCAUUGGUGUCAAAAGGCUGUCUUGGGGUUGUGCCAAUUAAUCACCAAACAUGGAGCCCGUGGGCUUUCAGUGGGAGUGUUACCCCCAUGAGCCUUAUCUUAGCCAAUUACCUUUCUUGACAAUAGGAGCGGCUUCCCUCUCAUCCCUUCUCCUCACUCCACUUUCUUCGUUUCCCCUGUCUCAUCCCACCGCUUUCCUGAUCUUUCUGGGUGGUAGAGAGGAGUGACUCCCUGCUCAAGGACACCCCCUGUUGGGCAUAGCCUGUGCCUACGAAACGAUCCCUGAGCCUGUAAGCACUCCCAGUGGGGAAGUGGACAGGAGCCAUUGGCCGUAACCAGACAGAAUUCGGAGUUUUCAUAAAGCUCCGCCGAGAGUUUUAAAGAAGUCUGUGUAGCAUGGUUUUUUAGACGAGGAAAACGAUUAUUUAAAUAGGAUCUGAAUCAUGCAACAACCAGAUUUUCACAACCAGGAUCAACCCCUGGGCCCCAUUCCUAGGACAUGGUGACUUUCUUUUCCCCUUGUUGAGAUAUAGGAAGACUUCAUUUUUAACCUGUCGGUGACCAGUUGAAGGCAGAACACUAAUCAGAUUUCAAGGCCCAAAACUUGGGGACUAGACCACGUUGUAUCUAGGGACCUCUGCCACCUGCGCAAAAUCCACAGAUUAAGUAAAAUUAAAUGACACUACUGCCCUGAUUACUCCUUAGGAUGUGGUCAAAACAGCAUCAAAUGUUUCUUCUCUUCCUUCCCCGAGACGGUGUCCUGAACCUGUUAAAUUAAGUCAUUGGAUUUUACUCUGUUCUGUUUACAGUUUACUAUUUAAGGUUUUAUAAAUGUAAAUAUAUUUUGUAUAUUUUUCUAUGAGAAGCACUUCAUAGGGAGAAGCACUUACGACAAGGCUAUUUUUUAAACCGCGGUAUUAUCCUAAUUUAAAAGAAGAUCGGUUUUUAAUAAUUUUUUAUUUUCAUAGGAUGAAGUUAGAGAAAAUAUUCAGCUGUACACACAAAGUCUGGUUUUUCCUGCCCAACUUCCCCCUGGAAGGUGUACUUUCGUUGUUUAAUGUGUAGCCUGUUUGUGCCCUGUUGACAUGAAGCGUGUCCUGGGUUUGCUCUCUGACAAUAAAUGGAAAAGGAAGGUCACCC